GCAUCACGCACGGCAAGCGUAAAUUCCGCUGUGACUUCUCGCUUUCGCAUUUUGAAAAACGUCAUUAUUGAACGUGCUGAGAACUACUCGUUAACUGUCUUUUCAAUAGCAUGCGCAUUCUCGUUGUUCCCAUACUCAAAAACCGCUGGGCAUACUAUUGCCAUUCCACACUACCGACUACUUCCAGACUCACACAAUUUGUGAAUUGGACUGGCUCAAAAUGGGAGAAAUUUGGUGAAGCCGAUCCCACCUCGUGGAAAGGAAGACUGUUCAAAACCGGAAACAACUUCAUGGACCGUAUGGACUAUGAAGAAUGGUUUUUGAAAGGUGUACCUAUAAAGGAGGACUUAGAACACGAAUUAACAAAGGUCCCUGUGCACCAUCCAUCGUCAAUCGACAGUGCGGUCAUAAGGGAACUUCUUCAAACGGCUGUCGAGCAUCGACUUCCCUACCAUAAGAAGUACAUGUACUAUUCUGCAUAUUGGAUACCAGCUGCUCUUUCAUUCGCCAUCGUUCCACUUAUUCCAAAUAUCCCUCUGGCGUACAAUACAUUUCGACUGUACAGUCACUUUAAAGCGUACAAGGGAGCUCAACAUCUUCAAUACCUCAUAACCCAUAACUGUCUUAAUACUGAAGCGUCUCCUGACCUUGAUCGAAUUCUGCAAGGUGUACAGCUCUCAAGUUCCAAGGAAUUGAUACUGCCAUCAACAAUCACAGAACCUUUUUCUGCUACAGAACCUACUGCUGCUCAGACAAAGCGAAAGCCAAAUCUAGACCCUCUACACGAUGAUAUCAUGGGAGUCAUUGACAUUAGCACGUUAAAUCGCAUUGCACAUGAAUGCGAAGUUCCAGGUUUGGAAAUUGAGCUCAAGCGGGCACGUUUCCAAAUCCUUUCCAAAAUCGUCAAAGAUAGAGCUGCCAAAAAUACGUUGGGACAGCUACCUGUUGAAUGGAGAAACGAAUUUGAGCUGGAAAAGAAAGAACAGAAGAUAGAUUAAUUCAUAUUGUAUCAUAUUGAACCAUAGCAAUAGCCUGACAUAAACCCCAUCACAUUCACUUCACUUUUUAAAUGUAAGCGCGCUUAUUUAAUAAAAUGAUUCGCCUACAUAAAAGAAA